AUGAAUUCUUUCAUACCAACUGUGGAAAAGUGUUGGAAAAAACAGGUUAAGGGUGAUCCUAUGUGGAUAUUACAUACAAAAUUGAGAAGAUUAACAAAAACUUUAAGGUGUUGGUCAAAAGCUGAAUAUGGUGAUGUAUUUGAAAGGGUUAAACAGUAUGAGGAAGUGGUUAACAGGGCUGAAGAAGAUUUGAUCAGGGAUAAUAGUAAUGAAAACAGAGAGAAGCUUAGUGAAACUAAAGCUAAUUAUAUUAAGUACUUGAAAUUGGAAUAUGCUAUUCUUCAACAAAAAGCUCAACUUCAAUGGUUAAAAGAGGGUGAUGCAAAUUCUAAGUACUUUCAUGCAGUGAUUAGAGGAAGAAGGAAUAAGAUGAUUAUACAUAACAUUAUGAAUGAAAGUGGAGUAUGGAUUCAAGGUGAAGAGAAUGUGGCUAAGGAAGCUUGUGAUUACUAUCAAACUAUUUUUACUGGAAAUACUGAGAGGAUUAAGGAAGAGUUGUUACAAGGUAUUCCUGAGUUGAUUACUUUUGAACAAAAUUCUGUUUUGGACAAAAUGCCUACUGUGGAAGAGUUGAAGAACAUUAUAAUGAGUAUGAAUCCCAACUCUGCCCCAGGUCCUGAUGGUAUUGGUGGUAAGUUCUACCAAGUGUGUUUUGAUAUUAUUCAAGAGGACAUGUUGGCUGCAGUAUCUUCCUUUUUUAAUGGUAAUGUUAUGCCUAGAUAUAUGACUCAUGCUUGUCUAGUAUUGCUUCCUAAGAUUGAUCAUCUCAACAAACUUAAAGAUUAUUGA